UUUUUCAGAGAAUAUUCGAAAAUGUCAGCUUGGAUUCCUUUUAUUAUUGUAACUGCGUUUUGGGCAGUUUUUGGUGCAGGUGGACCUUUUCUCGUGCCUAGUGGUGUUAAUAGAGGUAUUAUACAAACAAUGAUUGUUUUGACCGCUGUAUGUUGCUAUAUGUUUUGGUUAAUUGUUUAUCUUCAUCAAUUAAAUCCUUUGAUAGGCCCACAGCUUCCAGUAAAGACGAUAUUUUGGAUUCAGCAGAAAUGGGGAAGCGCAGUCCAUUAA